AUGACAUACCGAUUUAUUUCCGGUUCUCCACUCCGCCGUCCUCGUUGUCGAUAUCGCCUCAGGCCCUCGGCUCUGUGCUGUCCUGUUCGCUUCUCGUUCUACUGUGGACAAUCUGGCUCUUUGCUCAUCCCUCACCAUUCUACUUUGUUUUCUGUUCCAGGAUCACCUCUAUCGUGA